AUGGAUAUUGAAAAGGUAUACAAGGAUGCUCAAUGCAGAAUCUUCCCUGCUACUUUGUCUAAUGCUGCUCAAGAAUGGUACUUUAAGUUCCAACUUACUACAAUCACUUCCAGGGAGAUGCUUGCCAAGGAAUUCUACGGGCAGUUCUAUGUUGCUGGCAUACAUCCAACAGAGGCCAACCAGCUGGUCGAUAUACUACAAAAGGAUGAUGAGCCUUUGAAAGAGUCGAUACAAAGGUUCAUGAGAAUAGCUGCUCAUGCCAAAUCUGUUGGUCAUGAAGGAAAAAUGAUGGCUAUCAUAGUAGGAGUAAAAAGGCAGUCCCAUUUAUGGAACAACAUACAAAAAAUGGAGUAA